UUUUUUUUUAACUCUUCUAUGAAGUCAAGGUGCGUCUUUAUUCUAGGAGCAACUAUCCCAAAAUUUACAGAAACCUAAUUUUGUUUUUGCGCUGGCGUUGCGUUACAAAACGACCGGCCUUCGCUUGUAUUGUUCAAAGUAAGCUGAUGUGUGCCAUUGGUUUGUCUCCUUCGGCUCCUGAAACUAACUUUAAAGACUUCUCACACAAAUCCACAAAGUCUAACAGCGAAGAGGCGACGGUGCUUCGACAUCCAUGGAAGUAUAAUCGAGUAACAGAGAUCUUUUUCGUCUUUAACACCGUCCAGAAGAUACGCUGUCGUGUAGGGUUCCCUGUCCUGUGUGGGAUGUUAACGGACUGGUGGCGAGCUGAGGCUGAAGGGAGCAUGGUGAAACACCAACCCUUACAGGUCUAUGAGAAGCAGAUUUUUGUGUCCUUUGUCACUGGGAUCUAUGGUUGCCGCUGGAAACGCUACCAACGCUGCCAAGACGACAGCUCCAAGUGGGAGUGUACGUGGUUCGUCAUCUUGUGCUGCUCCUUCCUCCUGCUGCUCUUCUGGACAUACUUCUGGUUGGUGGCUCAAAAUGAUUUCAACGAGUUCAACCUGGCGGUGUACAACCUCACCGGAGAAUGGAGGGAUGAGACGAUCCCCAUCCUUGCAUCCACCACCGUGGGAUUCAGCUACAUUACUUUUUUAGUGAUUUUAGCAUUUUUUCAUAUUUCAUUGGGGCAGCAGCUGAACCUCUACUGGAUUCACAAGAUUGGAGUGUUAGCUACACUGCUCACCACUAUUUCUGGUGUAGUUUCUGUCGAUGAUAUAUGGGGCGAGGAAUGGGGCAUCAUCCUUAUAUCUCUGCAGUCUACAGCACCUUUCCUACACAUAGGAGCCCUCGCAGCGUUCACAGCGAUCGGCUGGCUGGUGGCUGCUUACGUGGUCCGCAGGGAGAGGUCAACUUUCCAAAUGAUGGUGUUGCUGAUAUACAUCGGCAUCCUUGUGGCUCUCUAUUUAGCACCACUUACUUUUACCUGCCCCUGCAUCAUGGACCGCCACACCCUCCAAACUCGCCCUGAGAUCAUGGGUCGACGGGGAGCCCCUAUGCUGGCUCCAGAAAACACCAUGGUGUCCUUCAACAGGGCCCUGCAGCAUGGGGCCAGGUCCCUGGAGGCCGACGUCACCGUCAGUGUGGACGGCAUUCCCUUUCUGAUGCGAGACCGCACCUUUAGGCGAACCACAGACAUUAGUAAGGUCUUUCCGGCUAGACAGUACGAAGAUGCUUCGUUCUUCAACUGGACAGAAAUACGCUCUCUGAAUGCAGGCCUGUGGUUUUUGGAGAGAGACCCCUACUGGACAGUGGAGACCCUGACAGCGAGGGACCGCAGCAGGAUAGGGAACCAGACGGUGUGCAGCCUGCUGGAGAUGCUGCGGCUGGCGGCCAGGGCCAACCGCUCCGUGCUGCUCAACAUCCGCAGGCCUCCCCCAGAGCACCCGCGCCACCGGAGCUGGUUCAUGGACACGCUGUGGGCCAUCCAGAAAGCAGGCAUCUCCCACAACAGGGUGAGGACUGUGACGUGGACCCCCGACACAGACAGGGGGAGAGUGCGAGGCUUUCAGCAGACGGCAGAUGAGAAGCUGUCAUUAGAGGAGAUCAGGCAGAGAGGCAUUACCAGCCUGACCCUCCACUACAGCAAGGCCAGCCUCCAAGACAUACAGGAGUAUCUGGCAAAUAAUGUGAGUGUGACUGUCUACCCAGUGAAUGAGCCCUGGCUGUACUCCAUUCUGUGGUGUAGCGGGGUGCCUUCUGUGUCCUCUGAUGCCCCCCAAGUCCUCCGAAAGGUGCCUUACCCCAUCUGGCUCAUGAGCCAGAAUGCUUACAGCUUUAUCUGGAUCACAUCCGAUAUAGUCUCCGUCAUCAUAGUCUUAGGGAUAUUCUCUUUUCAAAACUAUCAUAUGAUCAGGUGGAAGAUGAGCGGGAUGCAGAAUUACAAUCCAGAACAGAUUAUGCUGAGCACUGUGGUGCGCCGGCCCAGCCGAGAUGUCAACAUCAUGAAGGAAAAGCUCAUAUUCUCAGAGAUUAACAACGGGAUGGGCAUGAAUGAGGAGCUUUCUCUCUACCCUGAGAACGGCUAUGCCCGCUACUCUCAUCGAGGCCUCACCCGCUCAUCACAUCACAUCGCCUCAGACUGGCAAAACUCAGACAUGGCUUUGAUUUCACAGCUUUGAGCUUGGAUGUCUUCGUCAUGUCAGAGCUUAAAGGGAUGCAGCAAGUUUUUCGGAGAGUGGCCUGCCACCUGUGAAGUGAUGCAAGCAUGCAGUAGACGUUAAAAUAAUUCAAGUGUCCCCGCUAGAUCAUUUGCUUCUGUGAGCCACUUUAGCUUGCACUGUGUGGAGUGGCAGUAGGCAGCCACCACUUUCCAGCUUUUUCAAUAUGAAGACUGACCUGUUAGUAUAUUUUUUUAUUAAAUGGCAUGCAUAUUCAGUUUUAAAUAUAAAUAUUCAUAAAUACAGUAUAGUUUAUGUAGCCAGGUUUGUUUGUAGAACUAUUUCAGGUGAGUGAUCUCAUGCUGAUCCGCUGCACUGUGCUUUUUAGCUGUACACAUCACCUUCACUCCCUAUGGAAACAUGAAAAAUAAGUAGUCCUUGCUAUGUUAUAUCUUGUUUAAAUUUUUACCAGUUUCCUGCACAAAUAUGCCACAUCUGGCCACACAUGAUUUAUUGAUGAUAUGAUUAGAGACUAUUUAGCUGUAGAGCUAAAUAGCAAUUGUAAAUACAAGUUAUUAUUUCAGACUUUUGAGUGAAUGCUGGUCAGUUGCCAGUAUUAUAUCAGCAUGGACACCAGUCUUAACAUGGGGUCAAAUCACCCAAAUUCAGUGCUGUGUUUUCGAGUUAAUAAACAUGAAUAACCCAUAUUGUGAUUGCGUCUAUGACGCCCACCCCUCCAGCAUCAGUGCCAGUUAAUUUUGGUGACGUUCAUGUAUGGAUAUCUGUAGGACCAAACCAUUCAUUCCAGUUUCAUCUUUCUCUUAAAACUCUCUUAAAAAGGCAAUAAACCCGUCAAAAUACCGCCAUAAAACAAGACAGAAAAAAAAAACAACAACAACAAAAAAACUGUUUUUCUUCAAACUUUUUGCUUGAGUGACCUUUCGAAACUUGCAUUUCAGAUAUUGAAGGAUGUAAUGUUUUUUCCGUGUCAUUUACUUUGCUGUUGUUUUAUAACAGAGGAGAUGGACUGUGCACUGCUCUGUACUUUACACUGAUGUAAAUAUGAGUUGUUUUCCAUGUAUUUUUAUUUUUCCCCUCUGAGAGGAUUUUCAGUGGUUUGGGCUUAUGAAUUGUAUAUUUUAUGUCGGCAUUUAUUAUCUUAUAUAACUCAUGCUCUCUUCUGCAUGUAAGAGAUGGAUGGGGGUAUCCAUGGGGCAUUUAAUAGUCAUUAUAUAUUUGGUCCAUGCUCCAGUGUUUUCUCCUGCCUAUUUUCUGUCAUGCCAUGAUUGAUUAAUUUUAGUCAAUGAUAGCUAUUACAACUUUCACAUGGCUGCCUUUUUGUUAAAUUGAUGGAUCAGUAGAAUAUUGUAGAGGUUUGUGUUAGUCCUGUGAUAAAUUUCAGUUACAGCUCCACUCUCAGUAUUGCAGACCAGUCCAAUCUCAAAUAAAAAUGAUAUUUUACCUUUGCAAAA